CUCUCUCCGCUCACCUUCUCUUUCUCGCUAGCUAUCACUGUAUUGUCAACAUCUUCGAUUUUUCUUCUAUUUGCAACUUUUGUAAUCAUAAUGCCUGCUGCACGCGAAUCCGGAAAAUGUUUCACUUGCCGCAAAGAAAUGCCUUGGAAUAAAAUCAAGCGUUGCGGUCGAUGCAAGGGACCUCAGUACUGCAGUGAACAAUGUCAACUGGCUGAUUGGCCUUCUCACAAACGAUCUUGUAAACGCCAGACAGUCUGGUACGACAAGUAUCGCGCCUGUCAAGAUGGCUCCAUCCAUGAAGGCAAACUCGAGCUCAUCACUUGGCCGUCUCCCAAUCCGUCUGACGGCACCGGCUGGGGCGCCUGCCUUCUCGAAGAGGCGGACGAUCUGAAGAGGAAGUUUGAGACGGAGUUCGGAGGAGACGAGAACAAAUUUUUCAAGUACUGGCCACAGGGUUUUAGGUGGACUUGUUGCGGGACGGAUGGGGGUAUGAAUUGGGGGUGUGAUCAUCAUGGAACGGGGAAGAAGGCUUGCACAUGUGACUUUUGCAAGAUGGGUGCGCCACUUCCGGACAAGAUUUAUAGGGAGAGGUCUGCCACUCGCUAUGGUCUGACACUCCAACGUGGGCCCGACCCUAGGUCAUACAACUCGGUCGACGCAGGGAUAAGUGCGCGCAUGCGAGGAGUUCUUGGCCUCGAUCUCUAACUCAAGGAGCAGCCACAUUGUCCCAGCGUCGCUCAUCGAUCUCCAUAAUUGUGGCCGACGUGUUAUGGGUGCUAUUUCUACCGAGAUGGCGAAGUUUGUUUUGUUUCCCUUUGUCCUGUUACACUUACAGUCAGUUUAGUGCG